UUAUAAUAAUAUUGAGCAAUUGUUUUAUUGAUUUAAUCUGUCAACUCUUGUCCUCUUUUCUUGAUACAAAAAAAUAGUAUAAAAAAUUUUUAAUGAAUAAUGAAGAAGGCACAUUGCGAGUGCCAGGAUGGAAAAAUUACCGAAGCUAUUUACAGUGGAUUUUGUCCAGCAAAUGAGAAGGAAUUUUCAGAUUUGGAGCGCAGUAACUCCUUAUAUACUAUCAAAUCUUAUACUCUAGACAACAGCAACGUCGAGGUAGUUGUUAUCACUUGGGGAGCAACCAUAGUCUCCAUUAAAUAUCCAGAUAAGUAUGGAGAAGUAGUAGAUGUCGUUUUGGGAUUUGAUAAUUUAGAGGAUUAUAUGAAUCCACUAGUGAAUCCACUUAUUGGUUGCGUGUUAGGACGAUGCGCUGAUCAAAUGAACAAUCCUAGUAUCAGAAUCAAAGGUAGAGAGUACCAAUUGGCCCUGAAUCAAGGGAUUGGGGGGUUUGGAAGACAAAACUGGGACUCACACAUAGACGGAACUACUUUAAUCUUAACAUAUGUCAGCCCUGACGGUGAAGAUGGUUAUCCAGGAAGUGUUUUGACCACUUUAAAAUUCAAACUCACGUCAGAUAAUACGUUAGACAUUAGAAUGCAAGCAAUAACCACCAAUCCAACAGUGAUAAAUCUCUCUUAUGGUCCACUAUUCAAUUUGGCUGGACACGACGCCGGAGAAGACGCUUUAAAGAUGCACACUAUCUCCCUCAAUUGUGAUCGCUUCAUAUUCACGCAAGAUGAUGAUGGCACUCCAAUCAAUAAAAGUCGUAACAUUGGAGGAACUUUAUUGGAUUUAAGAAUUCCUCGACUUUUAGGAGAUGAGGGAAAUGAUAUUUUAUUUCAUCAAAAUUUAGCACACAAUUUAUGCGUCAUUCGGAAUUGUGACCAUUCAUUGACUUUUGUAUUCAGGGCUUAUCAUGAAAAAACUGGCAGAGUUUUAGAAGUUUUCUCCAACCAACCUGGAGUGCAGUUCGAUACGUGCGCAAGCUUUCCCACUGAUAAUAACUUAGACGACAUCACAUGUCAGACGCUUGAUGCUAAAGCAUUCGAUGAUCUCGCUAGUUACACUAGCUUUAUUUCUGAUAAUGCUGAAGAAUGCUGGAGAAAUGAAGAAGAUAAUCAUUCAUUCGCCAAUACAACUUUUCGCUCUAACAAAUUACCAAUUAAAUUUAUUCCUGGAAAGAAUGGUGCUAAAUACACGAAAUUCUGCGCAUUUGGUGUUCAUCCUCAGAAUUAUUACAAUUCGGCAAUUGUAAGUAGGACCAUGAAUUUUUUUUUUUUAAGGAAUUCCACUGUGAGUAUUCGCCUUAUUAUUUUUAUUUAUGUAGAGAGAUUUUCCCUGCGCUAUUGUACGUCCAGGCCAAGUCUACCACCACAACUUGGUUUAUAGAUUUGCCAUUCAGCUUGAAAAUUGUAUUUAACGUGAGAUUGUUUAAAUCCCAGC